CCUCUCUUAAUUACGUCGUGUCCCAUAUCUUUUCCCUUUUUUCACUUUUUUUCCACUCUUUAAGGCUUUGGGCUAGUGGUAAUUACCUUGAGGAGAAUAAAACCAGCUGAUCGGGAGAGGGGUGGUGCAUUUUGGAGCGAGAUGGCUAACAGAAACGUUCUGUUGCUCUUCUGCGGACUCUUCCUCGUAGCUCUGAUUCAGCCCUCACUUCAAGGAGGUGUGUAUGUACCACCUGGUGCUGGAGUUGUACCAGGAGGUGUUGCACCAGGAGGCGUUGUACCAGGAGGUGUUGCACCAGGAGGUGUUGGACUCCUUCCAGGAGGAGUCCCUGCAGGCUAUAAACCAGCCAAAGCUGCAGCAGCAGGACCAUAUGGAGUGGGUCGAGGUGUGGGCCCCGGCGGUUUAGUGCCAGGUGGUGUCGGGACCGGUGGCGUCGGCCUUGGAGGACUGGGAGCAGGAGCAGGUGGAAAACCCCCCAAACCAGGCUAUGGGAGUCUGGGAGUUGCGGGUCCUGGGGCUGGUGGCCUGGGACCUGGAGGCCUAGGAGGGGCUGGAUACUUGAAGCCUGGAGCUGGAGCUAUAGCUGGAGUUGGAACUGGUGUGGGAGGUGGCUACGGUGGAUAUGGGGGAUAUGGAGCUGGACCUGGGGGCUUUUUCCCAGGGGCUGCACAGAAGGCUGCUAAAAAAGGCUACGGUGUGCCAGGAGGUGGAGUGCCAGGAGGUGGAGUGCCAGGAGGCGGCCUCCAGCCGGGUCAAGGUGCAGGAGCAGGUCAACCACAAGGAGGAGCAGGGACUGGAGGUUUUGUUAUCGGGGCAGGAGGAGGGCCUGGAGGAGCAGGAACUGGAGCUGCAGUGCCUGCUGGAGUGCCUGUUAUUCCACAGACAGGUCUUCCCGGAGCUGCUGCUGCUGCUGCUGCUGCUGCUGCUGCUGCAAAGAAAGCUGCUAAAGUGCCAGGUGUGGGUGUGCCUGGACUUUACCAAGGUGGUGUGCUGCCGGGACAAGGGUUUGGUGGCCGUGGAGUUCUGCCUGGGGUGGCCAUUGGCAAUGGCCUGAGUCCUAAAUCAUUGCCAGGGGGAGCCCAGGCAGGACCAGGAGCUGGCCGUGGGUAUGGUGGACCAAUGCAACCAGGAGUUUUCCAUGGAUACCCUCUCAAAUCACCAAAAGUGCAAGGCGCCCUUGGACAAAAACCUGGUGGUGGCAAACUUCCCUAUGGUUAUGGAGCCUUUGGUGUUGGCGGUGCUGGGCUUCCAGGUGGAAAAGCUGGCCCUGGGUCUAAGCCUGGAUUUCCCACUGGAACUGGAGUUGGGCCAGGAGGAAUCUCACCUGCUCAGGCCAAAGCAGCCAAAUAUGGUGGAGCUGCUCCAUUGGGUGGCGUCCUUGGUGGCCCAGGUGGUGUUCCACAAGCAGGAUUCUUUCCUGGGCAAGUGCCAGGAGCAGGUGUUGGAGCAGCCGCCAAGGCCGCUAAAUAUGGAGUCCCAGGCGGAGCUGGAGUGGUAGCUGGAGGGGCUGGAAUACCAGGCGUAGUACCAGGCGUAGUACCAGGCGUAGUACCAGGUGUAGUACCAGGCGUAGUACCAGGUGUAGUACCAGGCGUAGUACCAGGCGUAGUACCAGGUGUAGUACCAGGUGUAGUACCAGGUGUAGUACCAGGCGUAGUACCAGGUGUAGUACCAGGAGUAGUACCAGGAGGAGUGCCAGGAGGAGUGCCAGGAGGAGUGCCAGGAGGAGCAGCAGCAGCCAAAGCUGCUAAAUACGGUGCACUGGCAGGAGUGGGAGGUGUGGGGGGACUAGGAGGACUUGGAGGAGUUGGAGGACUAGGAGGAGCUGGAGGAGCCGUGCCAGGAGGAAUAGGACCUGGAGGGUACUCUGCUGCUGCCAAAGCUGCUAAAUAUGGAGCACUUGGUGGCGUCGGUGGACUUGGAGGAGUUGGUGGACUAGGGGGAGUUGGAGGACUAGGGGGAGUUGGAGGACUGGGAGGAACAGGAGGAGCAGUACCAGGAGGAGUAGGGCCUGGAGGGUACUCUGCUGCUGCCAAAGCUGCUAAAUAUGGAACAGGACUUGGACCAGGAGUAACAGGGGUACAAGGAGUUGGACCUGCUGGAGUCAGACCUGCUGGAGUCGGACCUGCUGGAGUCGGACCUGCAGGAGUUGGACCUGCUGGAGUCGGACCUGGAGGAUAUUCUCCUGCUGCUAAAGCUGCUAAAUAUGCUGCUGCAGCUGGGGCUGGCCUGCCUGUGGGAUAUGGAGGAGUUCCUGGUGGCGUGCUUGGUGGAGGAUACCAAAGGCCAGGAUUUGGAGGAUAUGGAGGGGUGCCAGGUGGGGUAGCCGGAGUUAAGCCACCCAAAUAUGGAGUUGCAGGAGGGGCAGGAGUGGUUCCUGGAGUAGGAGGACUGGGAGGAGUGGGAGCAGUACCAGGAGGAAUAGGAGCCGGAGGAUACUCUGCUGCUGCCAAAGCUGCUAAAUACGGUGCAGGUGGUACAGGGGUUCUCCCAGGCGGUGGUAUCGGUGGAGGAGCAGGAGGAGUUCCUGGUAGAGUCCCAGUCUCUUUACCUGGAUAUGGAUCUUUGGCGACUGGUGGUGCCAAACCUCCUAAACUUGGAGCAGGCCUAGGAGGAGUCCCAGGAGGAGUGCCAGGAGGAGUCCCAGGAGGAGUCCCAGGAGGAGUCCCAGGAGGAGUCCCAGGAGGAGUCCCAGGAGGAGUCCCAGGAGGGGUCGCAGUACCUGGCAUCGGAUAUGGAGGUGUUGGAACUGGUGCUGGAGUCAAACCCCCCAAGUAUGCAGUUCCAGGAGGAGCAGGAUUGGGAGCAGUAGGAGGAACAGGAGUAGCUCCUGCACCAGGAGGGGUUGGAGCUGGAGGAUAUCCAGCGGGUGUAAAACCACCAAAAUAUGGCGUUGGAGCUGGAAUUGUUCUACCUAGUGCUGGGACAGGUGUUGGUGGGGCAGGUGUUCCAGCACCGUCUGGUGUUGCACCUGGAGUACAACAGCCUACAGGUGUUGGUGUUGGCACAGCUGGCAAGCCGCCCAAACCAGUCAUACCUUCAGGCACCGGGCCAGGCGUUGGAACAGGCUAUUACCCCUAUGGAGGCUACAUAAGCCCCUACGGUGUUGGCACAGGCUUCGGAGCAGGAACUGGAACUGGAGCUGCAGGACUGCCUGGAGCUAAGCCUUUGAAGACCCCAGCUGUGGGCGGAACAGGAGGAGCAGGCAUCCCGCUGGCAGCUGGACCUGGCACAGGGGGAUACUUUCCGUAUGGUCGAUUUUAUGGACAGGGUGGCUUGACGUAUCCUGCUGGAGUUGCUGGACUUGGUGGAGCUGGACCUGGAGGUGCCGGUGUCGGUGUCGGAGCUAAACCACCCAAACCAGGCUAUGGCAGUCUUGGAACUGGCGGCGUAUACACUCCAGGUGGAGCGGGUGUGCUUCCUGGUUAUGGAGGAGGUUACCCACAGCAGGUCUACCCAGGUGGAUAUGUGCCAGCCCCACUGACUCCUCAACAAGCCAAAGCAGCCAAGUACGGUCCACUGCAGGGCUUCCUCGGAGGCGCAGGAGGAGGGCCCUUCAGAGGUGGUGCUGGUGGAUGCCAGGGCAAAUACUGUGGGAGGAGGAAGUAGAAGAUCUCUUGAGAUACAGUGUGACCUCAAGAAACACAUGGUGCUACUGCAUGAUCUAGAAUGUACAUUUUAUAUCCCAACAAAUCCCCCAUUAGAGAAUUUGUAAAGAUGUUUUAUACUUACUUGACUGCAACGUCUGUUUUUUAUGAGGAACCCACCGACCCAGAAUUUUGUACACGUUCUGAUGUGACUUAUGUUCUUGAUAGUGCCUUUUAAUCGUAGAUGUGGACAAGUUCAUUAGCUUUAACAGACAAGCCAAGGUCGCUCCCCUCGGUCAAAUACAACUCAUGUAUGUGUUUGUGGUCCCAUGCAAGGAUGCUUGUUUGUGCUUGUGCGUGUGCAUGUGUGUGUGUGUGUGUGUGUGUGUGUGUGUGAUUUGGGCAUAUGGUUGUACUGUCGUGCGAAAGACUGUCUGUACUGUUGGCUGUCUUUGUGAGGUGGGGGGGCAGGAAUGUGAAAGGUUGCCCUUCCCAUUUAAAGCUUAAAGCAAGACAGGAGGGGUCAGUGUGAGCGGUGAGGUGCGCUGUCCUUACUGUUGCAGUGCGUCCCUCUCACUGCGCACUCCUUAUCAAUGCCAAGGGUCUUCACAUUUCUGAUAUAUUAAAAGGGGCUGGGCUGGUAGAGGCCUGUCCAAGAGCUGAUGAAUUCGGGCCAUUCCCAGAAUCGCUCCUGGCUCCCCAUCUUCUCUGCUGCUAUUUUUAGGCCUGCAUGGGGUAAAAAGCAGCGGGGAUUGUGGCUCUGUCCAGCCCAUCUGCUCUCAGUAACAUUGCCCAUUGUAGUUGCCGCGCAGUUAAGAUUUCCUCGGCAUUUUACCUUGAUUGUUGCCAAACUUGUCAUGUAUGAGGAGCGCU